AUGGCAAAGAGGAUUUAUCAAAGUGAGGCCGCGUUGUCAGCUCUCAGCGACAGCUCCUCUAAGAUAAUCGGAGCCUUUGUGCGGACGCAUCUAAAAUACGUCAUAGAGGUAUGGGGACCUUGCACUGUGCAGAGUCGUGCGACAAAAAUGACCGAAGGUCUAGGGACACUACCCCAUGAAAACAGAUCACCAACCCUCAACCUACUUGCCCUUUCCUACAAGGUGGUUCCAUACUAACCUUCCGCAUAAUAAAUGGCCUGGACUGUCGCUUUGUCCCCAGCGAUUUUUCUCACUCAGACCAACUCGUCCACUUCGCGCCAUCAUCCCCUAAAUCUAGGCGCUGAUAAUGCAAAUAUCAAUUGACGCAAUUGCUUCCUCAGCAACAGAGAAUUUGUCGCGUAGAAAGCCCUGUCCCCUGGCGUUGUUCUCUUCUGUAUGGAUUCGUCCAAGGGCAAACUCGACGCGCAAAUAGCUUCUCGCUUACCAGCCACACGCCAACCCACAUAACUGGUCACCGAAUUUACCUGUGUUAUACUACUUGCAGUAAGCGAGUAGACGUUUAUUUUUGCUAUUUAUCGUAUGAACGUCUGCUUUUCUAUCAAUUUGCCUUACUUAUGGGUGUUUUUUCCUAAACAUUUUUUAAUAAAUAGGGAGUUCAAAGGCCCUCUCCCAACUUUUCUUCUGAAAAGCCGAACUGAACUCAAUUUCUGUGAAUCCGCACGUCGAACCUUUUCGAUCUUCCAUGUCAGUUCAUAUUACACAUAAUGUCGCGUAAUCAUUAGCUUAAUUUUUUUGCUAAAACAGCUUGCCCUAAUUGGAUCUCCGUUUGCAUAUUUUAUCGGGCAACUUUACAAAACAGAGACGCAUAAUAUAAUCGUUAACCGGGCUAUCCUUAAUCGCCUCUAGAAGCAGUCAGGCGGGUCCCAGGAAGCAGUUCAGAAGAAGAAGAAGAAGAAGAAGAAGAAGAAGAAGAAGAAGAAGAAGAAGAAGAAGAAGAAGAAGAAGAAGGAGAAGAAGAAGGAGAAGAAGAAGAAGAAGAAGAAGGAGAAGAAGAAGAAGAAGAAGAAGAAGAAGAAGAAAAAUACGACCGCUGAGCUGCUGGUGCCUCCACUGACCUCAUCUGUAACUGUUUCAGUGUGGAUCCUUAAGACAGGUCAAUGA